UGGGGAGCUAUUUAUCAGUUGUUUGUUUGCUCUUUCCGGAAAUUUCCCCAACGUCUCUUUUUUCCAUAUAUAUACACACACACAAUUCUCCAUCUUCUUCUCUUAUUUAUUACAUCAAAUUCAAUUCUUUUUAAGCCUGUAAUUCUCCCCAAACAGUAUCAAUAAUAAAAUUAAAUAAAUAAAAUAAAAAAUAAAAAAAAAAAUAUGCUUCGUUCCAUAAACCACCCCGUCAGAGAUGCCACCCUGUCAACCCCAUUGUUAUCCGCCGUCUCACCGCCGAGCACCACCACCACCAGCGACUCCGACGAAAGCAGCAGCAGCGCCGACAAUUCCUUCAGAUACGACUACCACGACCUCAAUUUCAACACUCCACCGCCGCCGCGGCCGCCGCCGCUGCCGGCGGCGGUUUUCUGCUCCUCCUACAAAUCGCUGGCGGUUCUCUCCGGCCACGUCAGCUCCGUCUCGUGCCUGGCAUUGUGCGGCGAGUUCAUCCUCAGCGCGUCUCAGGGAAAGGACAUAAUCGUGUGGCAGCAGCCGGAUCUACGGCAGUUCACCAAAUUCGGCCACGGCGACGGCUCCGUGAAAUCCGUCGUCACCGCCGGGAACAAGGUGUUCACCGCCCACCAGGACAGCAGAAUCCGCGCCUGGAAAGUUUCUAGAAGCUCCGAGAACGUGUUCAAGCUGAUCGAUACCCUCCCAACCAAAAAGGACUAUUUGGGGAAAUUCAUGAAGCAGAGCAACUACGUCCAGACGCGCCGCCACCACAAGCUCCUCUGGAUCGAACACGCCGACAGCAUCUCCUGCCUCGCCGUCUCCAACGGAUUGAUCUACUCCGGCUCCUGGGACAAAACCCUAAAAGUAUGGCGAAUCUCCGAUUUCAAGUGCUUGGAGUCGAUUAAAGCCCACGACGACGCAAUCAACGGCCUCGCCGCAAUCAACGGAAUCGUCUACUCCGCCUCCGCCGACGGCAGAAUCAAAGCCUGGGGAAGAAGAAAAACAACAGACGGCGGCGGCGACAACAAAAUCACCCAUUCGCUCAAGGGAAUUCUGCAAGGGCACAAGGACAUUUCAAUUAACUCGGUGGUGGUGAAUCAGAACGGGAGUUUGGUGUACGGCGGCGCCUCCGACGGAUAUAUAAUGGGGUGGGCGGCGGACGAGGGUUUCGAGAGCUGGAAAUUGGUGUGUGAGGCGAAGGCGCACGCGACGGCGGUGCUGUGUGUGUGUUUGGUGGGGGAAUUUGUGUGCAGUGGAUCGGCGGAUAAGAGUAUCUGUGUGUGGAGGAGGGAUUUGAUUGGCGGUGGUUUGGUUAGGUAUAUGGUGGUGAAAGGGCAUGAAGGGCCGGUGAAGUGUUUGCAGGCUUCGCCGGAGAGAGUUGGCGGUGGGUUUAUGCUGUAUAGUGGGAGUCUGGAUAAGAGUAUCCGAGUUUGGUGGAUUCCUAAUCAUUCGGUAGAGGAUAGUGCAGUCAGUACUGAGAAGAGAUUGAAGUUUUAGUUUUGUUUUGAUUGAUUGAUUGAUUGAUUGAGUAUUGGAUUU